CAAAUCCGUAUCCGUUUCUCAAUGGCCAAUCAAACUUCGCCUUACAUUUGCCGAGCUGAGAAGAACAGAGCUGCAAGUUUCUGUCUCCGGAGUGUUGCUGUGACUGUCACCUGGAGGGCAGUGCACCCCUGAGGCUGCAUUUGUUAUCUGAGCAUCUAGGGACAAGCAGUUCGGCCCUUUUAUGUGCUGGCUGGAUUUGCUUGUAUUUGUACUUAGUCACUGCUCAUGUGAUGCACUCCCUUAACCAGGAAAUUAAAGCAUUCUCCCGGAAUAAUCUCAGGAAGCAAUGCACCAGGGUGACAACGCUAACUGGAAAGAAAAUUAUAGAAACGUGGAAAGAUGCCAGAAUUCAUGUUGUGGAAGAAGUAGAGCCGAGCAGUGGGGGUGGUUGUGGUUAUGUGCAGGACCUUAGCUUGGACCUGCAAGUUGGCGUUAUUAAGCCAUGGUUACUCCUGGGGUCACAAGAUGCUGCUCAUGAUCUGGAUACACUGAAAAAGCACAAGGUGACUCAUAUUCUCAAUGUUGCAUAUGGAGUUGAAAAUGCUUUCCUUAGUGACUUCAUAUACAAGAGCAUUUCUAUACUGGAUUUGCCUGAAACCAAUAUCCUGUCUUAUUUUCCAGAAUGUUUUGAAUUUAUUGAACAAGCAAAACUGAAGGAUGGAGUGGUUCUUGUUCAUUGUAAUGCGGGAGUUUCCAGGGCAGCUGCAAUUGUAAUAGGCUUCCUGAUGAAUUCUGAAGAAAUCUCAUUUACUAGUGCUUUUUCUUUGGUGAAAAAUGCAAGGCCUUCCAUAUGUCCAAAUGCUGGCUUCAUGGAACAGCUUCAUACAUAUCAAGAGGGCAAAGAAAGCAAUAAGUGUGACAAAAUACAGGAAUUAGAAGGGGACAACAGCUCAUGAGUUACAUUCUAGCAGAUGAUGGACAACUGUAAUUUCUGAGUUGUCCUCUAUAUCUACCUUUCUCCUGUUUUGGAUAGUAGACUACUAAAAAAUUUCAUUUUCUCUUGCUUUAUUCAAGUGGAAGUGGAGGUCAAUUGAUUGUCCUGAGCUAGUGUAUAAAUAAUUUUUAAAAUUGUAUUAUGUAUUCUUUGGUAUUAUAAUAUGUGAUUAAAUGCUUCUUUGAUUUGCUAAGGGAAAAUAGCAGUGUAUCACCAAUAAUUGACUUCUGUAGAAGGAAAAGGUUUAAAUUUAAAACCUAUGUUAGAGCAUGGAAAGAUUAAAUCAAUUCAUUAAGACUUUUGGUAUUUUUCUAUUCCAGCAGCUAUUUCCAUGAAGGAAAAAACUUGAAAUGCUACUUGAUUUACUAUUUCAGAGGGGGAUACAUUUCUUUAUAAAUAAUUUAAGAUUAAAAACCAAUACCCUAAACCUUCCAAAAGAGGUAACCAAAAUGUGAAGGUUUACACAAUAGUUAUAUAGUGGCUACAAUAUUUGCAAAAUUUUUAUGUCCUUUUAUGAAAAUGUACCCACUUUUGAUUUUGAGUUUUUAAAAUUUAAUUAUAUCCCCUGCUUUUGUUUUUUAAGUUUUUGUAUAGAUUUUUCUCUCUUACAUUAUUGUGAGUUUAUGGUUUCUUUAAUGAGGUGAUCUAGUCUCUUACAUUGUGUGUUUUUUAUCCUUGGUCCCUAGCAUUCUGUUUUUGUAUCCCAUGUUAUAAUUUUUUGACCUCCUUGGACCAUGGUUUAUACUGAAAGACCAUUUUUCAGAUUUGAUUUGUUCAAUGAUCUGUUUUCUAGUUCAGUAUUCUACUAGAGAACAUAUUUUUAAGAAAAGCAUGGUUAUGGUUCUGUAAGAAAUUUUAAAUACAUAGACAGCCUAAAAUCAUUUACAAUUUUAUCUCUGGGCAGAGGCUUUGAAUAGUUUCUUUUUUUUAAAUGAAGCCUCUAUAUUGGCAAGGCUGAACUCUGUACAUCAUAAAUUUGCUUAAAGGUAGUCUUUGACUUAUUCAAAAUAAAAUGUACUUAAAUUAGUUAUAAUAAUUAAGAUAGGAUUUAUUUAAUAGCUUUCAAGUAGCCUUUCAUGACUUAGACAAUUUCAUUGCCAUUUAGAUUUUAUUAUGAAAAUUCUGAGCUCUUUUUAAAUACAUACUACAGAGAGCAAGCAUAUUCCCACAUGUAAGUUGGAAAGUGCACGCACAUUGAGCACAUCUGUGCAUUUGAGAAAGCAGGCUUUCUUAUACUGUCAGAGCAAAAAGUAGAAGUGAUAAGUGCAGAUUAUGUCUCGAGAUAGCUUAUAGCCUGACAAGAUUGCAUCACAGGCAAAGCUAUGAACUUUACUUCUGUUAAGAAGCAGCAUAAAUGUAAUCAACAGGGAGCUCUUUGAAGCCAACCAAGGCAAACAGAAUCAUCUUAAGUAUGAGACUGAUGUAUAAUGUUGUCUCUGUUGCUGAGGGUUUACAGCGUGAACCUUUUCCAUUUACAUGAAAACAUUUAUUUAAAUACAUUUUCUUUUGUUAGUUGCUGUUUAGUUUUCAGCUAUUAAAUGUUGUGACUUGAAGCCUUGAAUAGAACUUGUUCAUAAUGUAUAGUAUAGUACUUAUCUCUGUAGUUUGUAUGCUUGUUGCUUCUAGUGAUCUGAUUAUGGUGCAAGCGCAUAUUUUCUGUAUCAUCUACAGAAGUGCUUUGAGGAACUAUUUUGUUUGAUCUUAAAUGAUAGUAGUUUUCUGUAUCUAAAAUAGAUCAAUGAAUGUAAUUCAGCCUUUUAAAUUAGGGGCACUAUGUAAGGCAAUGAUGGGUCAUAUAUAUAGUAUGUUUAUUGUGUUUCCCAUAGAUAUAAGACACUCUGUCAUACCUAGUUAUAUAUAAAAAGGAAUUUUAUCAUUAUGAUUGUUUAUCGCAUAUAAAUGAAAAAAAAGUGCAUACCGAAUAGAGGUCUAUUUUGUGGGAGAGGGAAAAAUAUUUCAGGAGUUUUUACCUCUAUUUUAAAAUAGAUUUUUUUUUCUACGAUUUUUUAAAGGGAAGAGGAAAUGAAAAUAUCAUUCAGUUUUAAACAUUGAAAAGAAAUAUAGAGGCUUUCUAGUAACCUGAGAAAGAUGAGUAGAACAAAGGUACUGAAAUAUGUGAUAAAAGUUUAUUUGAGAUUAAUAUUUUUUAACUGUUUUGCUAAUUUUAUGCUUUAAUAUAGGUUUGUGAUGACAUAUAAUUUGAAUUGAAAACCAAGAAAUAUUUUAAAUUUUUGGAAAACUGAAGAAAUCUUUUGUUUUAGAUUCUUUUGGACAAAAUUUAGACCAUGAUUUUAACUCAAAGACAAAGAUUUUAGAGAAAAUAUAGUAUUUAAAAUUAUUAUUGUAGUUUUAUUUUUGCAUCCUUUUUUCCCUGUUGAACCUUGAUUGACAUGUAUGAACAGCAUGUUCAUAUGGUAUGAAUAUGUAUUAUGUAACCUAGGGAACAUACUUCGAUUUGCAUCGAUAAUUCCAGUAGUGAUGGAGAAACCGCUAGGACUUGUCACAUGAUUAUUAGUAACUCAAAUGGUUCAAAUGUAUAUAGCAUGUCCUCCUCAAAGGUAAUUUCUCCAAAGAUUCUUGAAUGUAGAAAUCAGACCUUAUAACCUCACCCAGUGAGUUAACUCAAUAAAUUGACACCUUUAGAAGGAAAGCUUCAAUACAUUUCAAAAUAACAGAAAUGUAGCACAAUGAAUUAUUUGUUUUUGCUAGGUGACUCAAAAUAGUUGAUUUUUCUACCCAAAGGAUCCUGAACAUACUUAGUUACCCUGUAGUUAUUUAAGAAUAUAAACCAGAAGAUUUUAAAGUUUUAUAUUCUUGCAAUACAUUCAAUGGAAUUUACAGUUAACAAAUUUAUAGUUUGUUUUCAUUGACAUACUUUAAAAAUAACAUAAACUUUUCUAUUUCAAGUGAAGCUUGACUUGUUUUGUAUCCAUAUUUGUCACGUACCCUUUAUUGUUUCUAGGUAUUAAUGUACUUUAAUAAAAUAAAAAAUUUACUGUU